UGUAAUGACAAGUCGGGUCAUUUCCUUUUCUAGCCAAGUCCAUUGUAUCACUUUCCUUUAUACUCUUAUCAUUUCUUGAUCAUCUAUCUAUUCUUCUCUUUUUUUCGCCCCAAUAUUUUUUCUCACUAUGGGAUCUCUUCAACGCAUGAAUCGCCUUUUAUCUUCCAUCGUGGAUUCAUGUAACUGCAUCAUCGACCCGCAGUUGCCUGCUGAUGACUUGCUAAUGAAGUAUCAGUACAUUUCUGAUUUCUUCAUAGCACUUGCUUAUUUCUCCAUUCCAGUGGAGUUGAUAUACUUCGUUAAGAAGUCUGCUGUUUUUCCAUAUAGAUGGGUUCUUGUGCAGUUCGGUGCUUUUAUAGUUCUUUGUGGAGCAACACAUCUUAUCAAUUUAUGGACAUUUAAUAUGCAUACAAGGAACGUGGCAGUAGUAAUGACUACUGCAAAGGUCUUGACUGCGCUGGUGUCAUGUAUAACUGCUCUCAUGCUUGUCCACAUCAUUCCCGAUUUACUAAGUGUCAAAACUAGGGAACUAUUCUUGAAAAAGAAAGCUGCACAGCUUGACCGUGAAAUGGGUUUUUUUCGAACUCAAGAGGAGACAGGUAGACAUGUGAGAAUGCUGACUCAUGAAAUCCGAAGCACUCUUGAUAGACAUACUAUUUUAAAAACUACACUUGUUGAGCUUGGAAGAACGUUGGCAUUGGAAGAGUGUGCAUUAUGGAUGCCUACGCGUGCUGGACUAGAACUUCAACUUUCUUACACUCUACAUCACCAAAAUCCAGUUGGACUCACUGUACCCAUACAACUUCCUGUAAUCAAUCAAGUUUUCGGUACAAAUCGUGCCGUGAAAGUAUCACCAAAUUCACCUGUCGCAAGACUUCGACCUACUGGGAAAUACAUGCCUGGUGAGGUGGUUGCUGUCAGGGUUCCACUUCUGCAUCUGUCAAACUUUCAGAUUAAUGAUUGGCCUGAGCUUUCAACAAAGCGCUAUGCUUUAAUGGUUCUGAUGCUUCCUUCAGACAGUGCAAGACAAUGGCAUGUUCAUGAGCUGGAGCUUGUUGAAGUAGUAGCUGAUCAGGUUGCUGUUGCUCUGUCACAUGCUGCUAUUUUAGAAGAAUCAAUGAGGGCUAGGGAUCUUCUUAUGGACCAAAAUGUGGCUCUUGAUCUGGCAAGAAGAGAAGCAGAAAUGGCUGUUCGUGCACGUAAUGAUUUCUUGGCUGUUAUGAAUCAUGAAAUGAGAACUCCCAUGCAUGCGAUAAUUGCACUUUCUUCCUUGCUACAAGAAACUGAUCUAACUGCAGAGCAACGUCUGAUGGUUGAAACAAUCCUCAAAAGCAGCAACCUUUUAGCGACGCUCAUCAAUGAUGUCUUGGAUCUUUCAAGGCUAGAGGAUGGAAGUCUUCAACUUGAUAUUGACACUUUUAGUCUCCACGCCCUAUUUAGAGAGGUCCUUAACUUAAUCAAGCCUAUUGCAUCUGUGAAAAAGCUUUUUGUCACGCUUAGUUUGUCAUCAGAUUUGCCGGAAUAUGUAAUUGGGGAUGAAAAACGGCUAAUGCAAAUUCUGUUAAAUGUUGUUGGCAAUGCUGUAAAGUUCUCAAAGGAAGGCAGCGUGUCAAUUUCUGCUUUUGUUGCAAAAUCAGAUUCUUUAAGAGAUCCUAGAGCCCCCGAGUUUUUUGCUGUGCCAAGUGAAAAUCAUAUCUACUUACGGGUGCAGGUAAAAGAUACGGGCAUAGGAAUUAGUCCGCAGGAUAUUCCCAACCUGUUUAGCAAGUUUACACAAAGCCAACCACCAGCAACUACAAAUUCUGGUGGCACUGGGCUUGGCCUUGCAAUUUGUAAGAGGUACAGGGUAUCCCAGUUCCUAGACGUUCUUUUCCGUCUGUCAUUUCUUUUGCUAUGUGAACUUGGUAACUGCUUCAAAUUGAAGUUCUAUUCUCUUAUUGCAUUUAGUAUUGACACAUCUUCUAAUGGGCUGGAAAACAGGUUUGUCAAUCUUAUGGAAGGACAUAUUUGGAUUGAAAGUGAAGGUCUUGGCAAGGGGUCCACUGCUAUAUUUAUCAUUAAACUUGGCAUUGCUGGACGUGCAAAUGAAUCUAAGCUCCCCUUUGUGGCCAAAUUGCCAGCAAAUCACAUGCAGAUGACUUUUCAAGGAUUAAAGGUUUUGGUUAUGGAUGAUAAUGGGGUUAGCAGGAUGGUAACCAAGGGUCUGCUUACACACCUUGGAUGUGAUGUAACAACCGUUGGCUCUCGUGAUGAGUGCUUGAGAGUUGUUACACAGGAACACAAGGUAGUGUUCAUGGAUGUUAGCAUGCCAAGCGUAGACUGUUAUGAAGUCGCUGUAGUGAUUCAUGAAAGGUUUGGGAAACGUCAUGGCAGGCCACUUAUUGUGGCACUAACGGGAAACACAGACAGAGUUACUAAAGAAAACUGCAUGAGAGUUGGUAUGGAUGGAGUUAUACUAAAACCCGUGUCAGUGGAUAAAAUGAGGAGUGUUUUAUCUGAGCUUUUAGAGCAUGGAGUUGUACUUGAAUCUUAGUGAAUGUAGGAAGAAAAUGUGCAGAAACCAUAUGAAAAUUCGCCCAAAUGCACGAGUCGUUGUAUAUAGUUCUCGGCUUGGGCAAAGGGAAGAUUUAUUCUUGGUGAUAGCACAAAAUCCCACUUGAACAAGGUGUAUGUAUCUCAUUAAACGCGAUGCAAGGAUAAAGUUGCUCGAGGACUUGAACAAAUUUGUAGAAAGGAAUUGAUUUUUCCAGGUCAAUUCAUAUGCGUAAAGUGUUCAUAUUCCACGGUACUUGCAUAAGAUCUGGAAUUGACACAUCCCUUCAUCUACUUGAAUCGUUAGAAACAUUUGAAAAAAUUUCUGGAAACUGUAUUGCCUUGGCUUAAAAUUUGAGGCAAAAACAUGAUUGAUCAAUAGAGUCUGUGUUUGCUUU